CUGGAGGAACCUGCAGAAAAAAACUAGUCCUAUUUAUGCCUGGAACGCAUAUCUCAGAGGGUAUUCUAACGAAUAUCACAAAUCCCUUCCGAACAUCCAUUCCUGAGUACUCUAAGGAGCUACAACCACUCAUGGCGAACACGGUUCCUCAGACGGGGCAGAAGAAGGCUCAGGCCCCCGAGAACAGCGAACAGCGCACCCCCACGGGCUCUUCAUCCAGGGCCAAGGUGAAGGCCAAACUCGCACGGCUGGUGUCCUACUUUGCUGGAGACAUGGCUCCCUUUGCGGAGUGGAUGAAAGGUCAGUUCAUCCUCAUUCAGAUUUUGGAUUGGGUGCUGAGGGGGGCAGCACAGGUCAUGUUUGUGAACAACCCCCUGAGUGGACUAAUCAUCUUUGCUGGACUCAUCCUCCAGAGCAGAUGGGUGGCUCUCAAUGGCUUCAUUGGCACCUUAUCUGCCACCAUCUCAGCCCUCAUUCUGAAACAAAACAGGGGUGCAAUAGCAGCAGGCUUGUAUGGAUAUAAUGGAAUCCUGGUUGGUCUUUUGAUGGCCGUCUUCUCCAACGCGGGGGACUGGUACUGGUGGCUUUUGUUACCCAACAUCUUCAUGUCAAUGGCAUGCCCAAUAGUCUCUAGUGCUCUGGCCUCCAUCAACAGUCGGUGGGAUCUGCCAGUGUUCACUCUGCCUUUCAACAUCCUGGUGUGCCUGCACAUGGUGGCUACAGGCCACUACAACCUGCACUUCCCUCAGGUUCUGAUCCAGCCUCGCACCUCCUUCCCCAACCUUGCCUGGUCCGAGCUGGAUUAUGCUUUGCUCUUUCGAUCCAUUCCGGUGGGUGUCGGGCAGGUCUACGGCUGUGACAAUGCUUGGACAGGAGGCAUAUUCAUCAUUGCCCUCUUUAUUUCUUCACCAAUCACUUGUGUGCAUGCAGUUAUUGGUUCAGCUAUCGGUAUGGUGUCAGGUCUCGCUCUUGCUGCACCAUUUGAGAACAUCUACUUUGGACUGUGGGGAUAUAACUGUGUUUUAGCUUGCAUUGCGAUUGGCGGAAUGUUCUAUGCUCUCACAUGGCAGACCCACCUCCUGGCUGUAGCCUGUGCAUUUUUCUGCGCCUACCUUGGCUCUGCUAUUUCCAACGUGAUGGCCACUUUCAGCCUCCCAGCAUGCACUUGGCCCUUCUGCCUGUCUGCCCUCACUUUCCUCUUGAUCACCACGGAGACGAAAACCAUCUAUAAGCUUCCGCUGGCCAAAGUGGCCUAUCCUGAGAAAAACCUCAUCUACUUCUGGAAGAUGAAGAAAGAAGAGAGAGCUGAGAAGCUGAGGAAAGCCCAAGAGGGGAUGCAGGAGAAGGAGGCACAGAUGGGAAAAGCAGAGGUAAAGAUCACGAUAGGGAGUCAAGAGCAGGAGCAGCAGGAGCAACCAGAGGACAGCGCAGAGAGGACGGUGACAGACAUGAGUGACAAAGAGAAUUCUACAGAAGAUGAAACUUUUACUGUCAGCACAUAAAUGACUGCUGUAGAAUUAUCUGCAUUUUGAAUCAGCAUUAUUUGGGCUGCUGAAAAGGUUUCCGCCUUUCUGCAUCAGAACUUAAUCUCUAGUUCUUAACAUAAACAUCAACUGUGGGUCAAAUAAGAAAAAACAAAUGCCAGAUUUUCUUAAUAUCUUAGAGACCUUUUACUGAAAAGUGUCCACAUUUAAGACAUACAUUCAUCUACUACAUUAACUACACUGCUUAAAAACAAGGUUCUUUAGUAAACUUAUUGGUUCUAUGGUUGGUUAUAUACACUCUUUUCUUUGAAUUAACAAUUUUGGUUCCCUAAAAACCUUUUAAUGGAUGCUUUUUGAGAGAGAUUUCUGAGUUUGUAGAACCUUUUUAAUAUAUAAAGAACCUCCACAUAAUAUACAGGUUCUAGGAAGAACCCCAAAACUGGUAUAGAAUCUUUACAUUAUACAGGAAGGUUCUUUAAACCUCUAAAAAGUUCUUCACACUUGCAAAUGUCUUUUUAAACCACGUUUUGCUCUAUCCUUCUGCAUUGUUAGUUGAUUUACUGCAAAAGUAUGGACUGUAUGGGAGGCCCUGAGGACUAAUUUGAGCUACUGGGGAACCAAAACCGGAUCUUCUGUGGCAAGGGUGCCCAAUCCUGGUCCUGGAGGUCUCCCACCCUGGAGAGCUGAGAUCAUGCCUGCUUCUAAUAUUCAGAUUCUCCUGAAAGCCUUCAGAAAAAAUCUGAAUAUUAGAGGCAGGCGUGCUUGAGUAGGGUUGGAGUUAAACACUUCACGGUGGUAGACUGGCUCCCCUGUUCUAUAGCAUCACUCAAAGAAACCUUAGGAAUUGAGACCCAUGCCAGGUCACAGAACCGUCUGAAUGCAUAAAUGAUUCUUCUUAUGUAUGUCAUUCAAAUUAUGUUAUAGAUGCUUCCACAACAUUAUUAUCAUCAGUUAUUAUGAGGCCUAUUAUUUUUGUGUAUAGUCUCCAUUGAGAACCUGUUGUAUAUAGUUCUAUAAAACAUAUGUAUAUAGUCCUUUUAAAAUGGUUCUACAUAGCACCUUUGUCUGACUGUACAUAUUUUCUUUGUAUGCUUUGUAUUUGAACAUAUUUAAGUGUUCAGGUUGCUCAGAGUGUAGACAAGUGCUGGUGCAGGCACAUUCUAGAACAGGACUAACGAUAUACUUUGAGUGACUAUCUUUAGUACGUGAUGCGUUUGAAAGACCAACACCUCUGACGAGCAAUGUUAUGUGCUCGUCAUGGCCGUCACACAUUGGAAUGAUCCUGCUAACUAUCUGCAAAACAAGAUAGUUUGUAAUGAAUCCUGUAAUUUCUUUGUUUAAUUUUUCUGGAUCACCUUUUUUUUUUUUCUAUAUCUGUAUCUACUGGGGAAAAGACAAAAAGAAAAGAGAGAUAAGUUAUUAUUUCACUGAUUUUAUAAUAAGGAUUAAAUACUUUUUUGCAGUAUGUAACAUUAUAUGUAUUGUUUUUGUCAGUCUAUAAUACAAAAUAUAUUCCUGCCACACAUUCAAACAUACAUUGAUGUCCAACUGUGCAAAUGCUCCAAUAAAGUGUCAUUAGUGUAAGUGCA